AUGCAGAGCGCCGGAGAUAUCCUUCGGUGUUGGGACCCGGAGACUGGUGGUGAAUACAAAAUUCCGAGCAACACGUGGAGCUGCGCAGAAAACUUUUGGAUAUGUGAUUGUCCCCCGCUGACAGCAGACCCUGGCAUUGCGGGACAAGGUGUAACUGUAUCCUUGUUUAUAUCUGCCAUUAUUACUGCUUUGAAUGCCAUCAAGAUAGCAAAGAUCUGUUACGACUUGGGCCUCUGCUUGGGAGAUCAGCAACUGGUGACCUCCAUCGCCCUUCUUAUUGCAGCCAUCAAAAAGCUCCACGUCGACCGGUCACUCAGCGUCUACCACUUCACCUACGUUAUAAACAUAGCCUUUCUCAGUUCCGCUGCCUAUACGUACACAACCAUUACCCAUUGGAGUAUGAAGGAUAUGGACGAACCAAAGGAUGGUGAUGCCUUCAACACCCAAAACCCCAAGCCAUUCCUCACUUGGAAACGACUCCGAAACGGAUUACCAUGGACGUUGAGAUUGCUGCUGAUGUACAUCCUGGAUAUAUUGCUACUCUAUAGCAGUUGGGCGGCCGCCCGCGAGGAUUGGGACGAAACCCAAGGCUGUCCCGCGCUGUGUGUGAUGGAAAACUCCCCCUUUGGUGGGGAAGGAAGGAAGUGGAUGGUGGUGAAUUAUCUCCAAAUCCUUUCAUCUGACAUUACGGGCAUCUUUGACAACAUCUCAUUCCUCACUGGCAGAAUCUGGCCCUGGUGGGUUCUGUACUUGCGUCCAAAACUCAUUGAUGCAAGGGGGCUCCCAGCCACGCUUAGAUCAAGAGAGGAACGCACUGAACAAGCUACUCUUGCGACAAGACUAUGGUCAUGGUUCCUGAUGAAAGUGAAGAAGAGACCUCCGGCAGGCCUUGGAAUUUCGAACCGCAACGGGUAUCAUCAGAUGGACGCGCCUCUAACCGUGCUUGAAGAUGGCCGGCCAUUGAGAGUUCCUACUGCUAUACAACGGCACUCCACGAACCAAUUACGAGAUCCAGAAGAACAGUUAUGCUCUACGGCCGUUCUAUUCACGAGGAAGUGGAUUUGGAGGCCAGUCAAAGCCGUCCUUUCUCGCCUUUGGCUCCUCAAAAACUCAAAGUUCUGUCAGCUUCUCGAAAACACAGUUUGGUUCUGUCUGAACUGUUAUUGGGCCGUUGAGUGUAGGCGCCUGGGCCAGCGUGAGAUGGAAGCGGAGGAAUAUGAGGCCGAGCAGGCCAUGGGGUUUGGGCAGAUCGUCCCUGUGUUUCUCUUGAUCCUUUUUGUUUUACAAGUGUUCGACUCCCUCAAGGGCAAUAGCCAUCCGGAUGCUAUUCCUGGCCAACAGCCCCGCCUGGGCAUCUUGAAAGUGGUUGAAGAUCGCUCUGCAAUGUCGCAUGAUCAGCCUUUCGCCUUGUUUCUCGACGUGGGAUUCGUAGGUUUGCGUGCUUCCUUCCAUACCCACGUGCAUUUGAAGGGUGUUUAUCAGGUAAUCGCUUUCCGUAUUUACUCACUAUCCCCUAUCAUUUCAACCUUCGGGAACUACGGAAUUCUGACGGUCCUUCCUGCAUACCUCGACGAAGUCAACAUGGAGUCCGAAUUCAUUCGUUGCUGGCGGGAGACAGAUGACGGAAAUCACACGCGUGUUUACUAUAAUAUCACGAACGACCAGUGGAACUGUGCAGAGCACUAUGGUCAUUGUGACUCUUGUCCUAAACUUCAAGGAGAUCCUGACAUAGCGGGGAUCGGUGUCUUUGUUGCCUUCAUGGUCUCCGUUAGCCUUACCGCUCUACUGGGCAUUAUCUUUCCCAUAUUAGCAGCAGCACUGCGACCGAGGGCUACUGCCAUUCACGAUUGUCUAGACAUCCUUCUUGAAAAAGCCGUGAGGAAAACCAUCCUGAAAAGACUUGGGAUCAAGAAAGCCGAACACUGGGCGUUGGUAUGCUACAAUUCGGUAUUCAGCCUGGGCGAUCAACAACUUACAACCGCCUUCGCCCUGUUGGUAGCAACGCUCAAGAAACUCUACAGCGACCAAAGUCUCAGCGUUUACCACUUGAAGUUGGUCAUGAACUUGGCAUGUCUGAGUAACUGCGUCUACGCCUACGCCGUCAUUUCCUUGCGGAUAAAGAUGGAUUUGCAGCAGCCCACCAAUCACGCGGAAGGAUCCCCGGCGGUGGCGCCGCGGCGGGUGAAGAACAAACAACCCAUGGUGAAUUUGUCCAUGUGGUUGCGAAGCAUCCUCAUGUUCACGGUGACGGCGUUGCUCCUUUACACCGGCUGGAUCGCGGCCAGGGUCAAUGGCCUGGAACCAAACUGUCCAGCGUUGUGCUUCAAGAAUGUCCCAGUAAAGGGCGAGGCAGCAAAGCCUGUUCUUCAGCUGUUUGAUUCCAUUUCAGAGACUGAAGAAGAAACCGAUGUGCAAGAUCAAGUAGAGCGAGGGACUCAGACUGAGGGCAGAACCGAGCACGAGGUUGAGUACGGGCCUGAAGGGCGAUCAGAUACACCUUCAAACAUGGCUUAG